GUUUCUCCACCUGAGAAGGCUCCUAUGAAACCUCAUCUCUUCAUUUCUUCUCUUUAUAACCCAUCCUCCACACACUCUCUUUUCCACUCAAUUUUCUCUUCAACUUUGAAUUUGAACAUAAAUAGUUUACAUUAAUUACUUUCUCCAACAGUGUUUGAUUAGAAGAAGAAAAAUGGGUUCAUCACCACAAGGAACUUGUAGCUCACUUGAUUCCAUUAGGGAACAUCUUCUUGAUGAUGAUGUUGCUUUCAUGGAAUAUUACUGCUCUAACGCUUGUUUCUCUUUUGAAACUACUCAAACCUCAAAAACAGAGUUUGAUGGUUUUUUCGAAAUUGAGGCAAAACCACAUGUUAUCAGCUCAAAUUCUCCGAAGCAGAGUAACUUCAAAGAACGCAAGCCAUCUCUGAACGUUGCAAUACCCGCGAAGGCUGUUGUUGUACAGAAAGUGGAAGUUGAGAGUGAGAAGAAGCAUUACAGGGGAGUUAGACGAAGGCCGUGGGGGAAGUUUGCGGCGGAGAUUCGUGACCCGAAUAGAAAGGGGACUCGGGUUUGGUUAGGAACAUUUGAUACUGCUGUGGAUGCGGCCAAGGCAUAUGACAGGGCAGCGUUUAAGCUUAGAGGCAGCAAAGCAAUAUUGAAUUUCCCACUUGAAGUUGCUAACUUUAAGCAAUUCCAAAAUGAUGAUGAUGAUGAUGAUGUUGAGAUUCCACAGCCGGUGAGCAAUAAUAAUAAAAGGGUGAGAGAAACAGAGGAAUUAGUAAUGAAGAAGGAAGUGAAAAUAGAAGAGGAAAGAGACGUUGUUACUGCGUCACCAUUAACACCGUCGAAUUGGUCGGCUAUUUGGGAGGGUGGAGAUGAAAAAGGCAUUUUUGAGGUGCCGCCACUGUCUCCACAUAUGGUUCCCAGCUUCUGAUGAUCGGAAAUCGAACUACUCCACAAAAGUAAUUUUAAUUUGAAAUGUCAGUCAGUAUUGGGUAGAUGAAGGAUAAAUAUAUGGCACCUGACUCUAAAAUGUCUGAGGUGAUUUGGUGG